CUGAGACAUAAUCCAGCUCUACAUAGAUGCAGAAUUAGGUUUUCCAAGGCCAGAAUGGGAUCUCUUGAAAAUGACAUCAAUCAAGAUUUUCAGGAUGCCAUUGAUGUAAUUCAGCGUCACUCUCAGAUCCGACACUGUGACAAUGAAAAUAAAUACUAUGAGAAUUUGGAAAGUCAGCAGCCCUCUAUGAGACAUGCCAUCUCUUACUAUCAGUUCACACCUCAUUUUGAGCCUCCAGGACCGGUGUAUGACUGGAACGAAUCCUCAUGCUGGUCUCACAUCGUGCCAGAUGUGUCUCUGGGGCCACUGUGUUCUGCUGAGCCUUCAGCGUUUUACUCCAAUUUACCACAGCGCCACGGAAAAGGUCGUAAGAAGUUACGCUUAUAUGAAUAUUUGCAUGAGGCUCUCCACGACGACAACAUGGGCGACUCCAUCCAGUGGACGGACCGAGGGAGCGGCAUCUUCCACUUCAUCUCCAAAAACAAAGAGAAACUGGCCGAAUGCUGGGGUCAGCGCAAGGGCAACCGCAAGACCAUGACCUACCAGAAAAUGGCACGCGCUCUGCGCAACUACAGCCGCACGGGAGAGAUUGUGAAAGUGCGUCGCAAGCUCACCUAUCAGUUUAACCCGGCUAUACUGCAGCGGUUGAGCUCGCUGUCGGGCUACAGCUCGGGCCCUUCGUCCAGAGACAUGGCCCUUCAUCAGCAGGGCCCUGCGGAGCACGUCUACUACAGCUCUCCUCUACCGGACUGUCACUACUGGUACGGCCAGUACUCCUACCAGGGCGAGUACGAUCUCGCCACUGUACUGACAAUGCACGAGGACCCCAAAAUUGGCGUUUCAGCUCAGUGAUUCUCAAAAAAGCCAAAGUCCUUUACAAGGAAGAUUCUUUCAAAUAAACCUUGAGAAGUGCAUUAGAAAGGAGUGUAUGCAUGUAAAUAGGAUGUUAUACUGGGUAAAAGAUUGCACUCGGUAGGUGUGUUUUGUUUUGAGGGACAUUUAGUGAGGAUACAUUACAUUGAUCAAAAGUGACAGCAAAGACUUUCAUAACUUUACAACAUUUCUAUAUGAACUAAAUCAUUUCUUUCUCAAAAAAAAACUUUAAAAAAUAAUUAUAUAUAUAUAUAUAUAUAUCUUGCUAAAAUUCUGCACUGAAAUUGUAAUAAAUAAAACUGUUAUUUUACAUUUUAAAUUAUUUAACAAUACUGUUUUGUUUUUUUGGGAUAAAUAUAAGAAUUGAAUAAGAAACGUCUUUAAACUUUUGAACCGCUGUCUAUAUGUACUAUAUUUUAUAGCGCAAAGGUUAUAAGAAUACCUUAAAAGUUUUGCACUAUAAAAUAUCAACUAACAUUUCUUUUAAAAUUACAGCAGAACUUUUAAAAGCAAAACAUUUCAUAAAAAGUUUUUCAUUUAUUAGGAUAUAAGAAAAAAUGGUUCAUAAAAUAUCAAGAUAUUUUGCAUGCAAUUAAAUAACAUUGUUAUUAUACAAGUGUCUUGUACGUACUUUUUGGGCUCACUCUACCUACAACAAUUUAUCUGCUUUUCUCAACCUGUUUAUAUAAGAUAAUUUGUUUUAUCACUCAAAUAAAGUUUCCUGUCUCGACAAUCUCGAUGUAUUUGUUUGUUAAACUCUCCUCUGUGAAACACCCGAAGCCGUUGUAUAAACCUUUGCGCUGAUUUCUUAUCUUAUUUCACAGACAGAAGCUUGUUUGCGCCCGCUUUCUGUGUCACGGCACAAACCGAUCUCAA